CACAGAGUCUCCCUGUCUGCUUGAAUUCGAGACCUGUGAUGGCGUAAAAGCCGUGGUAAGCCGUUUCUUUCUCGAGGAUGGAGGCACUGGGUGUACCGAACGAACAUGGCUUGCCAGCUCGGCCCUUUUUAUGUUUUGAAACCCCGUUAGCUGUGAUAUUCUUUUGAAGGAGACUGUCUGUUGGACCGAUAUACUGUCAUACCUCUCAUUAAAAGCACGGCAACACUCGAAACACGGGAAUGACUUUCCUUUCCCUCUAUCUAAAACGUAUGUCAGCCUGGAGUUCUGUUGGCUAAUGUUUGCUUGUUUGCUCUUCUCAUGGGUACUCACGCAUGAUUCCAUGCCGCAGAAGAUGGUCUGCCCGGCGAAACGUCUCUAGGCAUGUGGUGCAUUGGAACCUAGUGCUCCCCUUUGCUGGGCUCCUCAGUGAACGGAGCACGGAGUUCUCUUGUGAAGCUGUCAUGACUGGUUGUUAAACGUCCCUGGUACACUUUACUAACCUGGGCCGCCAGCUCUGUCGAGUGUGAAUGUGUGAGAAAGCCGCUGGGAGAGUCGAGCCCCUCCAACACAGGGAGGUCAAACCAACAGGACAUCUUUGAGGGCUCGACGCUUCUUGCCAGAGAAUGCUCGCUAUCUAGUAUCUAUGGAAUAGCAAUCGCAGCCCAAGGGUAAACAAUUGUAGGAUUAUGUAACUAAGUAGUUAACUAACAGGCGGCUGUCACUUAGCUGGUUAACUAAAUAACUUCUCCGACGUCAAAAAAAAAAAAUAAAAACGCCAGCAAGGACCUCACUAGAGAUCUAUAGCUAUAUUCAGAAAGCCCACCGUACUGGAAUGUAUAUAUCUAGCGAUUAUCAAUGCCACCGAGAUUCCCGUUUUUGAAUAGCAGUAUCAUAGAUUGCUAUUACGUCAGAAUAGCUUGUGCUAGGCAGCAGCCGACUUUACUUAAACUGCCGAACUUGUCAGCCCAGCCAGCAGCUUUCCAUUGCCAACCAUCUCAACAUAGAUCCAUUCAUCUUCGAGUGCUAUGAUGAAGACCAAGCUCUUAAUACUUUCUGAUACCCAUGCAAUGCCAUAUACACCUCCCAGCCAAUAUGCCGAUGUGGCCCUACAUUGCGGCGACUUGACCGAGCGCUCUACAUUGGAAGAAUAUCGAUUGGCCGCACAGCUCCUGAAGCAAGUAAAUGCCCCCCUCAAACUUGCUAUUGCCGGGAAUCAUGAUUUCACUCUUGAUAUCCCAUUCUACAAAGCGAAGCUAGAGCAUAUACACGUUGAACGACAUGCACGGUUGAUGAAGGAAUGUGGUGAUUUUGGGGAGGCUAGGCGGUUGCUUGAAGAUGCUGGCAUCAUCCUUUUAGACGAAGGGAUUCAUCGCUUUAAUUUAGCGAAUGGCGCCAGUUUAUCCAUAUACGCAAGCCCGUAUACCCCGGUCUAUGGGCAUUGGGGGUUCCAGUACUAUCGACAGCAGGGGCAUCAAUUCGAAAUGGAGGGAGCCGACAUUACUAUGACCCACGGGCCCCCGAAGGGUUUACUUGAUACGACCUUUUCAGGGAGUAACGCAGGGUGUACGUCUCUUCUUGGAGCUGUAUCUCGGGUAAGACCGAAGAUACAUUGUUUUGGGCACAUACAUGAAGCUUGGGGAGCAAAACUCGUCACCUGGAGGAACACGAAUUCGUUAUUUUCAUUCUUCCCUGAUUCUAACCCUGUUGAUGAAGAAAAAUCAAUUUUGAUCAAUAGUCUAAUGGGGGCAAGAGAUUCAAAGGCGCUAUUGGACAAGCUGCAGUCUCACCGGGAUGAAGGUUACUAUACUCUCAGUUACUGCUCGGAUAAUCAAACUCCGAUCCAGUCCGGUCAGCAAACCCUUGUCAUAAACGCAUCCAUGAAAGGGCUUGGUUGGGACACUUGUCAUAUACCGUGGUUGGUGAAUAUUGAAUUGCCGAAGGCUAAAUGAAUGGAUUGAGUGAUGAUGUAACACACAGUAAUAAACGAGGCUUAAUUUAAUAAGGCUAUGAACGCUAUGUCACAUAUGGUAUCUUUUGCUGCCGGUAAAAUUA